AGCCCGCGGGAGGAAGGCCCCAGCGGCGACGAGGCCGUGGCCGCCGAGGCCAAGGAGGAAGGCGCGCAGGCCGCGGAUGAAGAUGACAAGUCAAAACCAGCAGGCUCCGACGGAGAGCGGAGAGGAGUUAAGAGACAACGCGAUGAAAAAGAUGAGCAUGGACGUGCUUAUUAUGAGUUCCGAGAGGAGGCUUACAACAGUCGGUCCAAGUCUCCCCCACCGCCAGAAGAAGAACCGAGAGAAGGAGAAGAUGAUGAAACUGUUGUCAUCCUGGACACAUAUACUUCUGACCUCCACUUCAAAGCCAGCAAAGAUCGCUAUGGGGGACAGCCUCUCUUCUUUGAGAAAUUCCCUUCCCUUUGGUCUGGAGCAAGGAGCACUCAUGGAGUGACCAAGGGGAAAGUCUGCUUCGAGGCGAAGGUGACACAGUAUCUCCCCGUAAAGGAAGGCAGUACGGAGGUCCCCCUCUUUCGCGUUGGAUGGUCUGUGGAUUUCUCUCACUCACAGCUAGGGGAGGAUGAGUUUUCUUAUGGCUACGAUGGACGAGGGCUGAAGGCCGAAAAUGGGCAGUUUGAGGAGUUUGGCCAACCCUUUGGGGAGAAUGAUGUGAUUGGCUGCUUUGCUAACUUCGAGAAUGAAGAGAUGGUGGAGCUGUCCUUCUCCAAGAAUGGGGAGGAUAUGGGGGUGGCCUUUCAGAUCAGCAAGGAAUCCCUUGCUGACAGAGCCCUCCUGCCUCACGUGCUGUGCAAAAACUGCGUGGUCGAGCUGAACUUCGGUCAGAAGGAAGAGCCCUUCUUCCCCGUUCCUGAGGAUUACGUGUUCAUUCAUGCUGUCCCAGUCGAGGACCGAGUGCGCACCCCGCUUCCCCCCAAAACCACAGAGGAGUGCGAGGUGCUGCUGAUGGUUGGGCUGCCAGGGUCGGGGAAGACCCAGUGGGCACAAAAACACACCGAGGAGAACCGAGAGAAGCGAUACAACAUCUUGGGGACAGAGACUGUCCUACACCAGAUGAGAACGAAAGGCCCGGAGGAGGAAGAGAUGGAUGCCAAGAGCAGAGACCUGUUAAUCCAGCAAGCUGCUCAGUGCCUUAGCAAGCUGGUUCAGAUUGCUCCCAGAGCCAAAAGAAACUUCAUUCUUGACCAGUGUAACGUGUACAACUCUGGGCAGCGACGGAAGCUGCUUGCCUUCAAGGGUUUCUCCCGCAAGGUGGUUGUGAUUGUUCCCAACGAAGAAGACUGGAAGAAGAGGCUGGAGCUGAGGAAAGAGGCUGAAGGGGAAGACGUCCCUGAGUCAGUGAUGCUGGAAAUGAAAGCUAACUACUCUCUGCCAGAGAAGAACGACUACUUAGACGAAGUCAUCUAUGGAGAGCUCACAAAGGAGGAGGCCCAGCCUCUGGUCACCAAAUACAAGGAGGAGGCCAGAAAACUGCUCCCUCCUUCUGAGAAACGGGCAAACCGUCGCAAUAACCGCAACAAGCGUAACCGCCAGAACCGCAACCGCGGCCAGGGCUAUGUUGGUGGGCAGCGCCGAGGUUACGACAAUCGAGUCUAUGGACAGCAGCAGUACUGGGGACAGCCUGGAAACCGAGGAGGUUACCGCAACUUCUAUGACCGAUACAGAGGGGACUACGACAGAUUCUAUGGACGUGACUAUGAGUACAACAGAUACCGAGAUUACUACAGGCAGUACAACCGGGAGUGGCAGAACUACUACCAAGACAGAGACCGAUACUACAGGAACUACUAUGGAUACCAAGGGUACCGGUGAAAUCCCAGCCGUCUGCACCCUUCAGCCAAGCAGCUGAAUCUUGUGGAGGUGUCUGCCACUUCCCAAAACACAACCAAUGGAAACAGGGCUGUUGGGGGGAGAGCAGCGGCGGGGGGAGGGGGGAGGAAAAAAAGAAACUGUAAAUUUUUUUUUAAAGUUUGUUGAAAAGAAUAUUGUCUUAUUCUAUAAAACAUUUCAAAUCUAUUUAGAUAUUUGUAAUCAAAAUGUUUGCGCAGAGAGAGCAGCACUUAGCGCUGCGUGUCCUGUACCCUGUGAUUGGGCAGGAGAACUACGUACCCUUUAACAACAUCCUAGAGCAGCUGGACUGGCAGCAGGACAGGGAGGAGCAGGGUUUGCAAGACGCGCUCAAUGAUGGGAACUGAACAUGUAAGAACCGGGAG